GUCAGCACAGGGGCCGCCAUUUUGGGUGGCGGGGCUGGGAUCGGAGUGGGGCCCUUGGGUUGUUGUGGCCCGCAGGGGGAGUUAGUGCGGCUCACGGCGCAGCGGCCCCCAUGGCCGGGCAGUUCGACUCUGAGGACCGGGCGAGCUGGUAUUGGGGGCGGCUGAGCAGGGCCGAGGCUGUGUCGCUACUGCAGGGGCAGCGCCACGGGACCUUCCUCGUGAGGGACUCGGGCACCAUCCCCGGGGACUUCGUGCUGUCGGUGUCUGAGAGCUCCCGGGUCUCGCACUACAUCGUGAACAGCCUGGGGCCGGCGGGAGGCCGAAGACCUGGCGGCGAGGGCCCCGGGGCCCCAGGGUUGAAUCCCUCCAGAUUCCGAAUAGGUGACCAAGAGUUUGAUUCAUUACCAUCUUUACUGGAAUUCUACAAAAUACAUUAUUUGGACACUACAACCUUGAUAGAACCUGUUUCCAAAUCCAAGCAGAAUAGUGGAGUUAUACUGAGGCAGGAAGAAGCUGAAUAUGUGCGAGCUCUCUUUGACUUUAAUGGAAAUGAUGAGGAAGAUCUUCCAUUUAAGAAAGGAGACAUACUGAGAAUCCGGGAUAAGCCUGAAGAGCAAUGGUGGAAUGCAGAAGACAGCGAUGGAAAGAGGGGAAUGAUACCUGUUCCUUACGUGGAGAAGUAUAGACCUUCCUCUGCUUCAGUAUCUACUCUGAUUGGAGGUAACCAGGAUAGUUCCCACCCACAGCCACUGGGUGGGCCGGAGCCAGGGCCCUAUGCCCAACCCAGCAUCAACACUCCGCUCCCUAACCUUCAGAAUGGCCCUAUUUAUGCCCGGGUUAUCCAGAAGCGAGUCCCUAAUGCCUACGACAAGACAGCCUUGGCUUUGGAGGUCGGUGAGCUGGUCAAGGUCACAAAGAUUAAUGUGAGUGGUCAAUGGGAAGGAGAGUGUAAUGGUAAACGUGGUCACUUUCCAUUCACACAUGUCCGCCUGCUGGACCAACAGAAUCCUGAUGAGGACUUCAGCUGAGUGUGGCUCAACAGUUUUGCUUACAGAUGGGAACAGUCUCUCUGUAUUUCACUGCAGCUGCCAUUUAGACUGUGUUCCUACAGAUGUCGAAAGGAGUAUUGUUUAUUCGAGCAUUCUGAUACCUGCAAACCCUGGGACUGAACACCACCAUUCCUUAAUCAAAACUGAUGUUAUUCAGGGUACGAAACUAGAUAACCUAUGUGUCAAGUAGCAGAACAAGUAUAUGAUUGUAGGUUGUAAUGCCUGCUUAUGUUCAUGUGCAGAGCAUACCGUACCUUACCUGCAGCAGCAGAUGGAGAAAGCAGCAAUACAUCUGUUGAUUAGAGGUUUUAGCGUUCUCCAGUCCCAUUGCUUAUGUUGCUGCUUCCACAGGCAAUGCAAAUCAAACUUAGAAAAUUCAGUGUAUGGGUAGGAAUUUCACAAACAGUUAAUUCUGGAGCUUUUGCCUUUGUUUUCAUUCUAACUUUCUUUGCCCUAACAAGUCUACAUAAUGUUUUGCACCAAGCAAAUAAUCUUUUUAGAUGUAGAACAUACAUUGGGAUAGCUUUGUGACUUACAGAUAUCUACCACUUCAAUGGUAAAUAAGAAAUCAAAUCCUCCUCUAGGUCUUCAGAUGAGUUUGAGGACACUAGAGAUUGGUUUCUUUAGUAUUGAUGCUUCAAACUUUCCUAGUAGCUAAUUUAACUUCAAGUUGAGAUGUUAUAUUAACACAUCCUGAUAUUUUUUACCCACAAAUACAUGUUUUAAGGAAUUGUAGACCUCCAUACCAGUGCUGACAAAUGUGUGCAUAGCACUUUACUCAUUAAUUCAUAGCUUCAAGGUAGUAUUUGAUUAAUAAGUGUACUAAAAUAUGCAGCAUUGCUCUGAAAAAGUAACACAGAGAACAUUAGCCAGUUGUAAGAGAUAAAAUUAAAUUACAUUGAGACAGUUUCAUAACUCCUUUAUCCUUAGUGAAUAGUCUUAGUCAUUGGCUAGAGCAAAUCAGUGUCAAAUGUCUUGAACUAACAAGCCAAACAUUACCUUUAUUUUAAAAUAACUUUUGGGACUGCUCUGCUUGUUUCCAUCUGUAAAGCAUUUGAUAGUGAAUUCAUGAGAAGAUUUUAUUUGUAAUAAACUAAUAGAAAAUA